GCCCCGCAACAUCCCGGCUCGCCGGCUCCCCGCCUCAGCGUCGGGAGUGGUCGCCGCCGCCGCAGGCGUGCGCGGACGGUCGGGGGCCGCCGGAAGCGACGCCGGCCGGGUGGGAUUCGCGGGCGCACAUCUGCCGGCGGCACGGCCGCCUUCCCCCGGCCCGGUUAAGACUCGCGUCCGGAGAGCGCCGUACCGCGACCGGGGACUCCCAGGUCGGCAAGGGGGGGUAGGGAAGAGUCCCCCUGCCCGGCAGGGUCUGUGAGGACCACCCUGGCCGGAGGGGACCGCUGCGGUUGCUCGUGGACGCGGUGCCGGCGGGGCCGGGCGGCCGGGUGACGGGAAAGGUGUUUGCGGUCCGGCUGCUCAGCUCCCCGCGGGAUCUUCCUCUUCGGAAGGUGUCAACUCCUAGAAGUCCCUGUGUCCUUUAUUCUGAAUGAUCCCUACAACGGAGAACCCCCAAAAUCCAUCGUUAGGGCGGGGGAGGUGGGAAGGGUGUAAAGGAUGCCCAGUGGGGCAGGUGUUCUGCAGGCGACAGACGGCCUCCUUGUGGGCCUGAGCCCUGUGCCCAGAGAGCGGGGCGGGGCUGCGCGGGGCGGGGCUCCCGAGAGAGGACCCGCUCACCGCCCGGACUGCGGCCCUCACCGAGGACUCACCGGGGGCCAGGCUCCGAGUUACUGCCGGCCGUACGCGCUCCAAACCCCCCUACCCACGUUGUCCUGUUGUUACCGGGCCGUGGUUGUGUAAGAUGUUAACUAGGGGAAGCUGGGUGAAGGUGCAGGGACUUUUCUGUUCCAUUUUGGGAAAUUUUCUUUAAAGGUAUUCCAAAAUAAUACGUUAAAAAAAAGGUAAGAUAUGUUUACAGAGGGCGAAAUACAGGUUUAGAGAGAUUAAGCCAUACGCAUAAGAGAACACGACAGGAUUCAAGCCCAGGUCCUUCACCACUGCCCACCGUGCCCGUGAAUUAGUCCACGUUCGCUUAAACGCACAGGCCCUACCACCACGUGGAAAACAAACCAUCUGCACCCACACAGCCUACUGCCUGCGUUAAGGAGUGUGUCCUGAAAGGUAACACACUUGUUGCCCCCACCCCCCACCCCCGACCAUCGGAGCUGGAAUGGCUGGAGUACUCCUCCCAUGGCCUCCUGAGGAGUCAGAGGGACUCUUCGGAGUAAACAACAAAAAAUGGCCUGCCAAGGUUCAGGCGACUGGCCCACAGUGGAGCAGCCCAAACCACCAGGAGGUAUUCCGCCAGCGCUUCCGACAGUUCUGCUACAAGGAGACCCCUGGGCCCCGUGAGGCCUUGAGCCAGCUCUGGGUGUUGUGCUGUGAGUGGUUAAGGCCUGAGAUACGCACCAAGGAGCAGAUGUUGGACUUGGUGGUGCUGGAGCAGUUCCUGACCAUCCUGCCUGAGGAGCUCCAGGCCUGGGUGCGGGAGCAUCACCCGGAGAGCGGGGAGCAGGCCGUGGCUGUGCUGGAGGAUCUGGAGAAGGAACUGGAUGAACCAGGCCAGCAGGUUUCAACCCAGACCUGUGCACAGGAAGUGCUUUCUGAGACAUCGGUGCCUCUGGAUCCAGCUAAGGAAGCAACAUAUCUCCAGCCUCAACCCAUGGAGAUCCAGCUUAAGGGUGAAUCUCAGGACCCUCAACACCAACAGGACUGUGAUGACGUAAUCGGAAUUGAGAAAGGAGAAUCGAUUCAAAAGCAGGAGGUUACCGUAGAUACAGAGUCUCCAAAAAAGUCACCCGGCCAAAUCAACGGAAAAGUCCCUCAUUGUGAAGAAACCCAAGAACAUGAAGGACAGCCAAAGAGAUAUCAGAGAAAUUCUUCAACCGAGAGAAGAUAUAAGUGUGACGAGUGUGGGAGAAGAUUCACUCAAAACUCAAGCCUCAUUAGACAUAAGAGAAUCCACACUGGAGACAGACCCUAUUCAUGUAACGUGUGCGGCAAAACCUUCAUCCAGAGUUCCCAACUUAUUGACCAUCAGAGAAUACAUAACCGAUUAAAACCGUAUCAGUGUGAUGAGUGUGGAAAAGCCUUUUAUUACAGUUCACACCUUGUUCAGCAUCAAAGGACCCACACUGGAGAAAAACCUUUCCAGUGCGGUGAGUGUGGGAAAGCCUUUCACUACAGCUCCGGCCUCGUUCGGCACCAGAGGACCCACACGGGAGAGAAGCCCUACCAGUGUCACGUCUGUGGAAAGGCUUUCUGUCUGAGCUCGCACCUGAUUCAGCACCAGCGCGUGCACACUGGGGAGAAGCCGUACCAGUGCAGCGAGUGUGGGAAAAGCUUCAGCCAGAGCUCAGGCCUCUUCCAUCACCACAGGAUCCACAGUGGGGAGAAGCCGUAUGAAUGUGAUGAGUGUGGAAAGGCCUUCAGUCACAGCUCAGCCCUGGUUGGGCACCAGCGAAUCCACAGUGGAGAGAGGCCCUAUGAGUGUGACGUGUGCGGGAAGGCGUUCAGUUAUAGCUCCCAUCUUCUGGGACAUCGAAGGAUCCACACUGGGGAGAAGCCCUAUGAGUGUGACGUGUGUGGGAAAGCUUUCCGGCGGAGCUCGCACCUCCUGGUACAUCAGCGAAUCCACAUUGUAGAGAAGCCCUGGUGAUGUCAGCAAUGGUGCAGAAUUAUCCAUCCGCACUUUCCUGCAGAACGUCAGACAGGGGCGUCUCCGUGAUGGAGAAGUAGGGAAUUCUGUGAUCACUAUUGCUGUUUCCGCUGUCAUCUGAAAAUACUUCUGGAGGCUGAAAGAGGCAAUCACCUGACAGCUUGCCAAACAAGCAUGUCGUCUGAUGACCUGGGACCUUGGAGGGGCUCGUUCCACAGCCUCAGACUUUCCUCCUCGAAGCAGGGGCUCAGGAGAUCUCUGUAAUCCGUUAGAUAUGUCCCCAGGGUGGUAGAGAUGCUGCUAUUCCCUCCCCUGCCUCCUUUCCUCCCUAUUUUCUUUGGAGUCGGAGUGAUGAUCUUAUCUGAAGUGUGAGUUGAGAGUUACUUGAUUUACAUUUUUAAAAAUCCUGAAUUUUUGGUUAGCUUGAUAAAAGACCUCAGCCUCUCGGUUGUCUACACUAAAAACAUAAAUACAAAAACCACUUUGUAAUUUGGGAUAAACAUUUGGGUGGGUAGGAAGGUUCCAUGGGAUGGAGCAGGAGGGUUGAUCACACACAUCCGGUGACCUUUCAUCUUCCACCAGAGAUGUCAAACAGGCCAGGGCGAUGUAUUUGGCCUGCAUGUGCGUUUUUCCCACAUAGUAUGUUUUGUGAUAACAUGAAAUUAUUUCAACUUUUAAAAAUCUGGAGAUUUCACAUCGAAUCUGACUUUCCAGAUUCUCUUACAAAAACGCAUGAUGUGGCAAUACUAGAUGCCACCUUCCCACGAGGCAGGAGUUGACCGGAGCAGAUUAUCACCCACUGCGGAUGGACACAGUCCACUACCACACAGCGACCUGUGCUCCCUGACCACCCCCUGCUCCCCUUACCUGUGUGAGCCCUGCCCUGCUCUCCGGGCUUCUCAGGACCACCUUGCCACCAAAACACUGCACUUUAGCUUUAGGCGCUGGCCCCCAAGAAGAUUUUCUCUGAAGAAAAGGCUUUCUGCUAACAAAAGCUUGAAGAUUUACUAUAAAAGAUUUAAGGAGCACCUGGGUGGCUUAGUUAGACAUCUGACUCCUGAUCUCUGAUCAGGUCUUGAUCUCAGGGGAGGGAGUUCAAGCCCCUUCUUGGGCACUGCGCUGGGCAUGAAGCCUACCUAAAUAAAUAAAUUUAAAAAUGUAUACUUGAGCACCUGAAGGUAGAGGAAAGCCACGGUAAAAUUUUCCUUAGAUAGAAUGUACAGGUACUUAUUGAAAGUCAACUGUGAUGGCUUCUAGCCAGACCUGUGGAGACUAGUUCUUCCUGUGAGAUGAAAACAGCAUGCUGAUGGGAUCAACACUAAUGUUGGAGUGAACAGGCUCAGGGCCCAAAGCAGAGGUGCAGCUGAGGGAGAGAAGCGCAAGAUCUGAAGCCACAGGGGCGGCAAGGCCGUGGAAUGAGGCCCAAAUGCGAGAGUGGGGAGAGGAUGAGGCCCAAAUGGGAGAGUGGGAAGAAAAAGCUACGAAUAAGGGAGGGUCAGGGAUGAACAGGAAAAGAGAAAGGUGAGAGACACAAGAAAAACCAACCGCAAACAGGAAGUGGAAGCAAAGGCAGUGAAAACGUGGAAGACCUGGAGGCUGAAGCCCUCAGUAUUAAUCCACCCUUCAUUUCUAUGCCUUGGAGGUCAAAUCCCUGAUAAUGAAAGACCCGUACCCAAUCUCAGCUCACUGCGGUUUGUACCACGACCCGGGCCCUGUGUGGGCCUCUGGGUGAUGGGACACAGGACCCCUGUGUCCUAUGGAAAAGCCAUGUUCUACGGCUUCUUAGCAAAGCCAGCCAAGCAGAAGGACUCUCCCCAGGAGAAGGAAGACAUUCUUGGCCUCCCUGGGAAGCGGGUGAUUUGCCCAUUCCUCCUAAAAAGGAAAAAGUGCGUUGUGAGAUAGCAGUACCCAUUUUAUACUAAAUGAAUGAUGUGGCAAAAUGAAAAGUCCUUUGCAAACUGUGACAAUCAUGGCUGUUAUUUUUUGGAACACCAGUUGUAUCCAGCAUCCUGUAUCUCAUGUCAGCAUCCCAACUCUUCUGUAAGGUACAAUUUAUUGUCUUAAACAGUAUGUAGAUAUGAUUUAUUCUUACGAAGGGCUUAUAAUAAAAUGAAAAGUUUUUAUUAUGUUUAAAUGUUAAACAGCCUAUACAAGUAUUUUUAAAAUAUAAUAUGUAAAACAGUCUUAAAAUAUUAAAAAUUGGAAAUAACAAAAUAUCAACAGUGUAUUUACGUUAUGAAAAGGGAGUGAUUCUCACCUUUCUACUCUGUAUAUUCCAGGUGAAAAC